GGCGGCGGCGGCGCAGGCUCAGAGCAGACCCCGCCCGUGGAGGAGGAGGGAGAGCCGCCAGGUAGACAUGCUGCUAGAGCAAGUCCGCGCCGGAGACCGGCUGAGUGGGGCCGCGGCCCGGGGCGACGUGCAGGAGGUGCGCCGCCUUCUUCACCGCGAGCAGGUGCACCCCGACGCCCUGAACCGCUUCGGCAAGACGGCGCUGCAGGUCAUGAUGUUUGGCAGCACCACUGUCGCCCUGGAGCUGCUGAAGCAGGGUGCCAGCCCCAAUGUCCAGGACGCUUCUGGUACCAGUCCAGUCCAUGAUGCAGCCCGCACUGGAUUCCUGGACACCCUGAAGGCGUUAGUGGAGUAUGGCGCUGAUGUCAACGUGCCUGAUGGCAGUGGGGCGCUUCCCAUCCAUCUGGCGGUGCAGGAAGGCCACAUGGCUGUGGUCAGUUAUCUGGCUGCUGAAUGUGAUCUCCAUCACAGGGAUGCCAGGGGGCUCACACCCCUGGAGCUGGCUCGGCAGAGAGGGGAUCAGGACCUCAUGGACAUCCUGCAGGGGCACACAGUGGCCCCGCUGUGACCUGGGGCUGUCCUGUCCAGCAAGAGAACCCCACUGGGUUAUAUUUCAGAAGAGGAGAGAAGAAACACUUUCUCUCCUCGCUCCUCCUGCCCACUGCCGAAGGGGGGAGGAGCACCAGUUUGUGGCUUAUUGGUGUUGAUUUCUGGGGUGUGUGUGUUUGGGGGAUGUUUCUCAUUUGUUUUUCUCACCCCUUUUGGCAUGUUGGACAGAGAAGGUCUCCUGCAGGCAACAGCCACCUAAACGGUUUAUUUUCCUCUAGGCCUGUCUGCUGGGGCGGCAGACAAGACCCGAGGGCAGAGCGUUUAAAGCCCCAGCCCGAGUGAGGUCAUCGCCUCCAGGGCUCCUGGAACCUGGCGACCUUGGCCGGCUGUGCUGAGAGAGAGACCUGAAGUGUCGCACUGCUUCGGGCAUGGGAGAGGGGGGGGAGAGUUCCAAAUCAAUAAAAGGGUAGCAUGAGUUCAUUCAUAUUUUGAUGGAAGCUUGUUUUCCAGUCUUGUACAGCGAUUAAAAAAAAAAAAAAGAUUCUAUUUAUUAAGCUUUGUGAAGAAAACUGUGUGAUAAUUUAAUGUU